CCAAUCCUCGCCACCACGGCACCACCACAUCAAAUUCCCAAAAAUUCACGCGCCCCACUCGUCAUCUCCCAGAUCGGCGAUCGCCGUCCCCUUCCGCGCCCAACCCACCUGCGAUGGCCCGCACGAAGCAGACGGCCCGCAAGUCCACCGGAGGCAAGGCGCCGCGGAAGCAGCUGGCCACCAAGGCGGCGCGCAAGUCGGCCCCGGCGACCGGCGGCGUGAAGAAGCCGCACCGCUUCCGCCCCGGCACCGUCGCGCUCCGGGAGAUCCGCAAGUACCAGAAGAGCACGGAGCUGCUCAUCCGCAAGCUCCCCUUCCAGCGCCUCGUCCGCGAGAUCGCGCAGGACUUCAAGACGGACCUGCGGUUCCAGUCCUCGGCGGUCGCCGCGCUGCAGGAGGCCGCGGAGGCCUACCUCGUGGGCCUCUUCGAGGACACCAACCUCUGCGCCAUCCACGCCAAGCGCGUCACCAUCAUGCCCAAGGACAUCCAGCUUGCGCGCCGCAUCCGCGGGGAGCGCGCGUAGGCCGCCACCCGCUGCUUGUCAUGCUUGAUUUCUGCUGCUACUACUACUAGAGGUGUUUAGGCUCUUCUCGCUCUGUUCUAGCAGAGCGAGAUGUUUCGUUAUCAGCUUCUUGUUAUGUGUUGAUGCUAUUGCUGUAUUGAUGCAAUACAAAGGAGAUAGCGACUUGACUGCGUUUA